GCAUCUCAAAUAUAUUAGCAACAUCGAUCGAUCUCACAACACUCAGGAAUUGAGAGAAAAACAAGAAUGAGGAGGAACUCUCUCUAUAUUGUUGCAUUUGUGCUUAUUGUUUUACUUUGUGUUCCUGUAGUCAUCUCGGCAAGGCACAUAAACCGGUCACGUUCACUAGGACAUGGGCAUCCAGAUCCAGUACAGGAAAACACAGAAGAUGGAAUGAACAAAGUGGCAAAACAAAACUUGCAUUGGGAAGGAAGAGUAACAAGGAAACGUAAUCGUGGCCCCGACACACUACAAAUAGCGGGUUCGAGGUUGCCAGAUUGCUCUCACGCAUGUAGAUCAUGCUCGCCAUGCAGGUUGGUGAUGGUCAGCUUCGUUUGUGCAUCGCUUGCGGAGGCUGAGUCGUGUCCAAUGGCUUACAAGUGCAUGUGCCAUAACAAGUCCUAUCCUGUCCCAUAAUCUCUCUCUAAUUUCAAUUUCUAUAACAUGACUCAGGUGUCUCUCCAUUUGUUGGAAGUACCUCUCUUUCUCUCACCUACUUCAUGCUUCCUAUCCCUAGAGAGGAUCUUAAUUCAUGUAAAAUAUAGAGUGCCAAUUUUCCCGGACUUUUCUAAUUCUGCUUUUUUUUUCCCUCCUUCUCUUUGUUGUUGAGCUUCAUAAACACGGAUUCCUUGCUGUAAA